AUGUCUGCCAGUCACCCGAAUAGAACGUCGCUUCGUAAUCAGAAGGCAAAGCUUGCUGCAGACUAUCAUGAUCUAUUAAAGGAGUUAUCGGCCACCGACUCACCCACCAUCGGCUGUUAUCAACUGGGUAAAACCAUCGGUGAAGGCAGCUAUGGAAAAGUCAAACUCGCCACCCAUCGUUUGACCGGUCAACACGUCGCUAUCAAGCGAAUCGAUCGUCAGCAUAUUCCGCUCAUCACUCGCGAAAUUCAUCAUCAUCGCCGACUCCGCCACCCCAAUAUUACAGCACUUUAUGAAAUCAUUUUGGCUGAAGGCUGCAUUCAUGUGGUGACCGAGUAUUGUGCUAACGGUGAAUUAUUCGACGUCUUGACCAGAGAAGGUCGCUUAUCUGAACCUCGAGCUAGACGGUGGUUUGGUCAAUUGGUCGAAGCCAUUAAAUAUUGCCAUUCUCAUCGUGUUGUCCACCGAGAUCUCAAACUUGAGAACAUUUUGUUGGAUUCUCAAUGGAAUGUGAAGCUAUGUGAUUUUGGCUUCACUCGAGAGUGCGAGACCAAGAAAAUGCUGGAAACCUUUUGUGGUAGUUUAGCUUAUGCCGCGCCAGAGGUCAUUCGGCGGACGAAAUAUUCUGGUCCAGAGGCGGAUAUAUGGUCUUUGGGCAUCGUGCUAUACACUCUUUUGACUGGAGAAUUGCCGUUUGAUGAUGAUCACGAACCGACCAUGCAAGAUAAAAUCUUACACUUAGACUACGAAAUACCUGGCUACCUCACGGAUGAGUCGCCACUUGAUAGAUGGUAUCCUUCGACUCGAUCCAAAUGA